CUGGCAGGCCGGAACAUGACUUGGUGGCCGAUUGGAGCCUCACUCUUUGCAAGCAGCGAGGGUUCCGGCCUCUUCGUAGGGCUGGCGGGCUCAGGUGCAGCUGGAGGCCUGGCUGUAGCAGGUUUUGAGUGGAAUGCCACGUAUGUGCUUUUGGCGCUGGCAUGGGUGUUUGUACCCAUCUACAUAUCUUCAGAGAUUGUCACCUUGCCUGAAUACAUCCAGAAGCGCUUCGGCGGUCAGCGCAUACGAAUGUACCUAUCUGUCCUGUCCCUGCUCCUGUCUGUCUUCACCAAGAUAUCGAUUGACCUGUACGCAGGAGCCCUGUUUGUUCACAUCUGCCUGGGCUGGAAUUUCUACCUGUCCACCAUCCUUACGCUCGCCAUCACAGCCCUGUACACCAUUGCAGGGGGUCUGGCCACCGUGAUCUACACAGAUGCCCUGCAGACGGUCAUCAUGGUGGUGGGCGCGGUCAUCCUGGCAAUCAAAGCUUUCAACCAGAUCGGUGGUUAUGAGCAGCUGGAGGCGGCAUAUGCCCAGGCCAUCCCCUCCAGGACCAUUCCCAAUACCACCUGCCAUCUGCCUCGAGCAGACGCCAUGCACAUGUUCCGGGAUCCGUCCACAGGAGACCUCCCAUGGACUGGGAUGACCUUUGGUCUGACCAUCAUGGCCACCUGGUACUGGUGCACUGACCAGGUCAUCGUGCAGCGGUCCCUGUCUGCCCGGAACCUGAACCACGCCAAGGCAGGCUCCAUCCUAGCCAGCUACCUAAAGAUGCUGCCCAUGGGCCUGAUGAUCAUGCCGGGCAUGAUCAGCCGAGCGCUGUUUCCAGAUGACGUGGGCUGUGUGGUACCAUCCGAGUGUCUGCGGGCCUGUGGGGCUGAGAUUGGCUGCUCCAACAUUGCCUACCCAAAGCUGGUCAUGGAGCUGAUGCCCAUAGGUCUUCGAGGGCUGAUGAUAGCCGUGAUGAUGGCUGCCCUCCUGUCGUCGCUGACCUCCAUCUUCAACAGCAGCAGUACACUCUUCACCAUGGACAUCUGGAGGCGGUUUCGGCCCUGCGCCGGAGAGCGGGAGCUGCUGCUGGUCGGACGGCUGGUCAUCGUGGUGCUCAUAGGCGUGAGCGUGGCUUGGAUCCCAGUCCUGCAGGGCUCCAACAGCGGACAGCUCUUCAUCUACAUGCAGUCGGUGACCAGCUCGUUGGCGCCGCCUGUCACCGCCAUCUUCGUCCUGGGCAUCUUCUGGAGGAGGGCCAAUGAGCAGGGGGCCUUUUGGGGCCUGAUGGCCGGGCUGCCGGUCGGUGCCCUGAGGCUGGUCCUGGAAUUCCUGUACCCGGAGCCCCCCUGCGGCCAGGCAGACCUGCGGCCAGCCCUCCUCCGCAGUGUGCACUACUUGCAUUUUGCUAUCGCCCUCUUCCUCCUCACCUGUGCUGUGGUGGCCGCUGGGAGCCUACUGAGCCCGCCCCCUCAGCAAAGACAGAUAGAAAACCUCACCUGGUGGACACUGGCUCUGGACCACCGGUCCUUAGGAACCAAGGGAGGUGAUGGCCAGACACCCCAGAAACGUGCUUUCUGGGCCCGUGUGUGCAGUUUCAACGCCGUCUUCCUCAUGUGCGUCAACAUCUUCUUCUAUGCCUACUUUGCCUGAUGCUGCCCCCCCACCCACA